AUAGUCUCUCUUCCACACCAGACCCUGAAAUCUUUUUUUAUCUUUAUUUUAAUUUCAAGACGUAUAGAGACAGUGGAGUAGAUAAGCAUAUAGAGAGCUUCACUUCCCAAGGAGAGAGGAAGACACGGAUUUAAAACAAAACCAAAACAACAAUGGCAACGGCAGCUUGUACUUCGACAACAUCAUCCCUCGUGCUAACGUACGCCGCCUCCCCAGUUCAUCCACAAGACCUAACUCCUUCUCUCCUUUCUUUCAAGCCCAAAACUCUCUCUCUCUACCCAUUGGUUUCAGAGAGAAAAUCGAGCAAUUGGGUCAAGUUUUAUGCCCAGACACAGGCAAAGUCUAGACCUUGCAGAGUGGUUGUGGCUGCUGCUUUGGCUGCAGAGGCAGAGGUGGGCGAGGAGGUUGAAGAGACGGAGGGAGAGGAAGGAGGUGGCGUGGCAACUGCUACAGUUAUUCCUCCUAAGCCCAAGAAAGGCAAGGCUGCAUUGCCUCUAAAGAGAGACAGAACAAGGUCUAAGAGGUUCUUGGAAAUUCAAAAAUUGAGGGAAAUAAAAAAGGAGUAUGACCUGGGGGCAGCAAUAUCUUUGCUAAAGAAAACAGCAAGCACGAAGUUUGUGGAAAGUGCUGAAGCACAUUUUCGUCUGAACAUUGAUCCCAAAUAUAAUGACCAACAGCUGCGAGCAACAGUAAAUUUGCCCAAGGGAACAGGACAGACUGUUAAAGUGGCAGUCCUUACUCAAGGUGAAAAGUUCGAUGAAGCAAAAAAUGCAGGAGCAGAUUUGGUUGGUGGUGAGGACCUGAUACAACAAAUAAAAGGAGGAUAUAUGGAGUUCGAUAAAUUAAUUGCAUCUCCGGAUAUGAUGCCUAAGGUUGCCAGCUUAGGUAAGAUUCUAGGACCACGAGGACUCAUGCCAAACCCAAAAGCUGGUACUGUUACAACCGACAUACCUCAGGCAAUAGCCGAAUUCAAAAGGGGGAAAGUUGAGUACAGAGCAGAUAAAACUGGGAUUGUUCACAUACCAUUUGGAAAAGCUGACUUCUCAGAAGAAGACCUCCUUGUAAACUUGCUAGCUGCAGUAAAAUCAGUUGAAGCAAACAAGCCAUCAGGUGCAAAGGGAGUGUACUGGAAAAGCGCCCAUAUAUGCUCAUCAAUGGGGCCUUCCAUUCGGUUAAAUACAAGGGAGAUGCUCGACUACAAGCUUCCAUCGAAUGCCUGAAUGUAACUAACACCUGUAAAUGAUAUUAAGGAUCUCUUUCUGAGCUUGCCAAUGUUCAGUAAAGGUAGGUAAGGUAGGAUGAAGAGAGGUGACCAUGGCUGUUGCUUUUGGAGGAAAUUGUAUUACAUAUUGCAUGGUCUUCCUCUGCAGACUCGGAAAGUCUUGUAUGACAAUGAUGAUCAAUAUCAUUACAUUUUAUUAUCA